CUUUUUUGUAUUUCGAAGAUAAGUAAAGAAGAAAUUUAAAUAAAAAAGUUAAAUAAAUCUCUUAACAGAUAUUUUCUCACAUAUUAAUGUUCAAAUAAUUAAGAAAUAAACUAAUAAAAAAAAUUCAGUAUGUGCUUUUGUAUAAGUUGCAAAAACCAUUUAUUUAAUGAAAAACUUACCAAUUUGUUAAGACAAAUUUACCGCCUGUUGCAAAUCAUUGAAUCGACCAAUCACAUUCAAGGGCUCAUGCGCACGCAUCCGAUUUUCCUCAUGUUGACAUGUCGUAAAAUAGUGAUGGCGGGAAAUCUGUUUGAGAAUAAUUGAUCGAAUCACCGUCAGAUGGCAGGAGUGAUUCCAUGAAAGCGACCGCGAAAAUGCGGUGUGCGGCUUCUCUUAGUCCGUCAGAGUAAACACAAAGGGAAACGAAACGGAGCGGCGCACCUCGUGCGCCGCCACACUCGCGACUCGUUCGCGGUGGACGAGCUUGAUAUCUGUUUCUUCCUUUCUCUUUCUUUUUUGCUUCAUACAAAGAUAAGCGGAGAAAAAAAUAAGGUUCUUUGUCCUGAUAUAUUGUACAGUGAUCUCGCGCGUGUCGUUAGAAACGUUAAAGAGAAAGAGAGAGAAAGAAAGAAAGGAAGAGAGAGAAGGGAAAGGGAGGUGGAGGUGUAUAACGUGGCACGCGUUCGAUGGUGUCGGUGAUCGACGAAAUAGCUUAAUGUGUGCGGGGUGGACGCGUGGUACGCUCGAGGCGUCCACAAAUGAUUACUGGAACCGAGCAGAAGGAAAAUGUCAAACGCAUUGCCGUCGCGAGGACUCGUGAACGGUGAGAAUAACGAGCUCGGUGCUGCCGCUGCCGCUGCCACUGCUGCUCCCAGUGUCUUUCCUGGACGUAGUGGUGGUGGUGAUGCCGUUGAUAUUGUUUUCAAUGGUUGUGGCAGUGGUAGUGGUGGUGGUGGUGGUGGUGGUGGUGGUGGUGGUGGUGGUGGUGGUGGUGGUGGUGGUGGUGGUGGUGGUGGUGGUGGUGGUAGUGGUAGUGGUAGUGGUGGUGGUGGUGGUGGUGGUGGUGGUGGUGGUGGUGGUGGUGGAGCUGGAGGAGGUAAUGGUGGAAGGAGUAGUGGAGAAAGAGGAGAAGGAAGAGGAGGUAGUGGAGGAUAUGUCGUUACCGUUUCUACCGACGAGGGCGUCGUCGGCGUCGUGGAUUUACACGACGCGAAUUUGGAUCCACGAGCGACGCCGGUAAAUUUUCCUGAAAUACGUCCAUCGAGGGACGCGUCGUCACCGGUUCACGAUUGCUACGCCGAUGGCAACGCUGACGCCGCUCCUGAAUACCGCGAAGUGUGCUCUCUAACGAACGUCUCGACGUCGUUGGGGCUUGACGGUGGUAUCACGACGAACACUGUUACUGCUAUUGCUACUACUACCGCUACUACUACUACUACUACUACUACUACUACUACUACUACUACUACUAGUACUACUACUGCUGCUGCUACUGCUAUUGCUGCUGUUACUACUACCAUCAUCGCUACUGCUACUAUUACUAUCGAAACGAGUACAAUAGCAACGACGACGACGACGACGACGACGACGACGACGACGACGACAACGACGGCGCUGAGGGUCGCGACGUACGACAACGACAACAUGGUCGCGGCGAUGAACGAGCACUUGUCCACCUCGUCGGCGACGAGCGGUGCACGCACGAGUGCUUCGACAACUACAACGACAACUAGUAACGUCGCCACGAGUAACAACAAUAACAACAACAAUAACAACAACAAUAGUAGCUGUCCACGGAACGAAUUCCAGAGUAACGUUGACGAGGAGAGCAAAUCCGUCGCCGGGAUACUCAGUUUUCCUUGCGAUUUUGAUCACAUGUACGCCAGCAUGACUGACGGUGGGACGCCGGCCGCAGCAACGGCGACCUCCGCUCUCGGUGUAAGCCCGUUAAGGGGUAACGAGCCACGUCAGAACGAUCUCACCGAGGUCAAGCACCUUAAAGAAUUGUUAUUACUUCAUUUGGAUCUUAUUCAACAACAGUCAGAGCAAAUCGUCACAAAGGAUAAACUCCUUGCUGCCCUUCGACAGGAAAAUGAGACGCUCAAAUUGCGUUUGGAACGUAUGGACAGACGAGUAAAUUUGCAAAAGCUAAGAUCAGAAAGUAGUGAAAAUUCUAUUUUAUCUGAACAUAUAGGUGCAUGUUCUCCUCCCAGUUUAAACUCAGUGACUAUACCAUCAACCAGUGAUAUUCACAAAAGUAUUCAAUCUGAGUCUAGUAAUACGCAAUAUAAUGAAAGUUUUAAAAUACGCUUGAAUACCAGUGGUGGAAUUACUACGGUCAAACAAGAAUGUAAUGAUAAUCAAGGUAAGCAUGAGAAACAGGACAUUGGCAACGAAUCUAGACUAGAGUGGGAAGAAAAGAAAAAACGAAGAUCUGAUCCAACGCCAUUAUCUGGUGGCAUUAAAAGAAAAAGAGGAGUUUCUUGUUCAUCUACGAUUAGUAAUGACACAACUUCGACGAUACAGGAUAAACAAUUAAGUCAUGAAAAUAGUCGAAAAACGGAUAGAAAAGGAAAAUCUCUUGUAAGAAAGGAAUCGUUUUUAACGACAGAAGAACAUUAUUAUACAGCAGUCGGUGAUCCAAAUUAUACAUUAAGUUUGAAAGAAUCAUCCCCACCAGAUAUUAAUACUACAUUAGAAGUUCCAAAUUGGAGAGUUAAAGUAUAUACUAGCUGUUAUACAAUGGAAGGAACGGAGAAUCUUGAUGAUGAAAUUUUCAACAAAAGGCACUUAAAGUUAGAAAACGAUGAAAGAAGAAGGAAAAGAUGGGAUGUACAGAGGAUAAGAGAGCAAAGACAUAUAGAAAAGUUGAAACAAAGGCAAGAACGACAAAAUCAUCAAGCUACUUGUUAUAAUACAAAUCAUACUGGUCCAUGUCCAUCGACAAUGGAAGAGGAGGCUGUGACAUCUUUGUGGCCUGAUGUAGAACAGAUACAAAGCCUUCAAGUGGAUCAUCAGUUGCCAGUUACUGCAUUCGGCGCUCCUAUACCUAGUUUUACUCCAAGUGAAUUUUCCUUACCCUGGACUCACAUGGUUCGAACAAAAAGUCGAUGUCCUAAAAGGUCUACAGGAAGAAGAAAAACAUCUAGGAGAUAAACUUUAUUUUGGCAAAAUUUUUUUUAUGCAUCAAUUUUAAACUCAUUAUUAAUAAUAUUGACUCCCCACCACAUUUUUUUACGUGUUAUAUUUUGCUAUAUAGAAUGGAGGCACCAAAGACAUUUUUAUUAUACUUUUUUUUUGUUUCUUUUUUUUUUUUUUUUUUUUUUUUUUGUUUUUUUUAAAUACAUAUACGAUAUACCGGAUUUUAGAUCAUAGAACUUUUUAUAUCCUUGGCGAUUCGGUGUUAACCGUGAUAAUUUCUAUAUAUUUUGAUUGUUAAAUUUUGUUAUAAUUGGUGCCGGUUGUUUUAUUUGUACUAAUGUACUGUUAAGUUUGAUAAAACGUUAAUUGUCGGUAAUGUUUAUUUCGCAUACCUGAAACUUGUCUAAAAUUGUACAAAGUGAUUACUGUACUAUUUAAAAUUACAUUUAUUUUUUGCCACUGAUUGUAUAAAGAUUAGAGUAAAAAAUGUACUAAGAAGAUAUAAUGUUAAGUAGUAUGUUAUAAAAUGAUAUUAUGUAGAACCAUAUCACAUAAUUGUGAAUUUUGUGUAGCUCCAAUCAAUCACAAUCUUCGGUUUUUUAUCUUGAAUUUCUUUUUCUUUUCAUUAUUUCAUUUAAUGACAAUUUUCUAUAGCUAUUAAAUGAUAUCAACCUGUUUUUUUUUUAUAGUCACGAUAAGGAUGAAUCAUUUGAAGAAGUGAUUCAUCUGUUACCCUUAUACAUUAUUAUAUCAAAAUACGCGCAUUUGUGUAUUUAACUAUCAUUGUUAUAAACAGAAAAUAUGUGAGAUAAAAAUAAAUAUGUAUACCAUUUUUGUACAAUU